UGCAAUAAUGCAAUGCUAUGCAUUCCUUACACGACCAUGAACCUCCCGUCCUCAUCCACCACCGAUUCUUCAUCCGCCGCAACUGCCAGUACCUCCGCUACAAAUCCUCCGACAGCACUACCUUUGCUGAUACCCUCGCUACCAAAUGACUUGGCCAUGAAUUGCCUGGCUCGUAGCCCUCGGUCGCACCAUGUAAUCCUCUCCUUAGUCUCCAGAGCCUUCCGGUCGCUCUUAUGCUCCUCCCUUUUCUACUCCUCUCGCUCCCUCCUUCACUCUGCGGAGCCUGUACUAUACCUAUCACUUCGUUCCACCAACCCCUCUCUCCUCUGGUUCACUCUCAUACAAAAUCCCAAUUCCCUCAAAUACUCCCUCAUCCCGGUUCCACCGCUUCCAUCUCCGCCUUGCAUCGGCUCCGCAUUCGUCUCUCUCGGCCCCAAGAUAUAUGUAAUCGGCGGUUCAAUCAAGGACAUCGCUUCCCCAAAAGUUUGGGCCCUCGAUUGCCGAUUCAACACCUGGGAAUCUAUACCUAGCAUGCGUGUUGGCCGCGAAUUCGCCGCAGCUGGUGUUGUGGAUGGAAAAAUUUACGUGUUCGGUGGCUGCCUUGUGGACACUUGGGCCAGGUCCAAGCACUGGGCGGAAGUAUACGACCCCAAGAAGCAACAGUGGGAAUCCAUUGAUAGCAACAAUAGUAAUAACAGCUCGUUUUAUCUGUUUCGAGAGAAGUGGAUGCACGCUAGUGCUGUGAUCAAUGACAGAAUCUACGCUAUGGCUGAUAGGAAUGGGGUUGUGUAUGAGCCAAGGAGAGGGAGAUGGGAAGAAGUAGAGAGUGAGCUGGACUUGGGUUGGAGAGGGAGGGGGUGUGUAAUCGAUGGUGUCUUGUAUUGCUAUGACUAUUUGGGGAAAAUUAGGGGUUUUGAUGUAGAGAGAGGGGAGUGGAGGGAUUUGAAGGGUUUGGAGAAGGGAUUGCCAAGGUUUCUUUGUGGGGCUACAAUGGCGAAUUUCGGGGGUAAGUUGAUGGUGGUGUGGGAAGGGAAAGAAGGGAAGGGAAAGGGAGGAGAUGUGGACAUUUGGUGUGCGGAAAUUUCCGUGGAGAAGAAGGGUGGGGAUGGGGAGUUGUGGGGGAAGAUUGAGUGGUGUGAUGUGGUGCAUAGCAUCUCCAAAGGGUCAGCCAUUGUACAUUGUUCUUCGGUUACAUUGUGAUAUCUUUUGGGAAUUGGCCAAACUUGGUCCCAACAUGAUACCUGGAUGCUCUUACCUUUAUCGUUCUGCAUGGUUCCAGCACCAUUUCGAUCUCAAAUCAUUGCUAUUGUAAGAUCUGUGGGAAACUUUUCGACCCUCUUGUAUAUUCUUCCCUAUCCAUUGCUUGUUCACUCAAUGUUCGUUUUAUACUUUAUUAUGGCAUGAUAUAAUCAAAAAGCUUCAACCAAGUGCCUCAUGCAACCCUUUCUUGCUUGAAGCUCAUUCUUUUCUUGGAUGUUGUUUGGUCUUCUUGGACAAUAGCUACGCUUGAGUUCAAUGUAAAAUAUAUGCAGGUUUUUUCGAGCAAUAAAAUCUUGUGUCAGCUUGAGGUAGCUUGAUGGGACUUUUGUAUCACUUGUAUAUUGUGUAUGUAAGUUCGGCAUGGAGGACGAUUCAAAAGAGAAUUUUCUACUUGUAGAAGCACUGUCACGCGAUUUAUCUCCAACGUUGUAGAAGAACUAUUGAAGUUGGUGGUAUAUGUGAUGCAAAUAUCUCUUCA